CUUGUUUGACAGAUAGAACGAACGGGUAAAACUAAAGAGACUGUCAACACGAAACGCGGGUGCUGUUUGUUUACAUUCAUUAGUAAAAGGUUUUGAUGUUUUCGUUCGAAAAAUGACAUCGAAUAAAUCUCUUCUCGCCGAAUUAAAAUAUUUCGUGAACGGUGUACCAAAUUUACACCGGGGUCUUCCAGCAGACGUAUCAGCCCAACUUGUAAAAUGCAGUUUAACACUGUUGGAAGAACUGUCAACAUCCCGGGAAGUUAUUUUGGAAUAUUUUGCUAUGGUAUUUGACGAAUCGGUCAAAAACUAUGUUGCAUACGAAAGAGAACCACAAGGAACACCUCCCGAUGAUGAACUUGUUGUUAGCAUUCAAGAAGCACUCGAAAAUUUAGUCACAAAAGGUCCAGCUGCAUGGGCACCACUCAUCUCUUCAUGGAGUCUCAGAAUUCUGGGAACAUUAUCGAAUAAAUACAGCAGAGGGAGAGUGAUGGAUAUUGGAUCAUCAUGUACACUGUGGUUGGGAUCAAAUGCAAUGCGUUCUUUAUUGGGAUUGGCCGCAUUGUGCUUCAGUAAACUAUACUCGAAAGAUACAGACGAUUGUAUUGCAACGCUCUUGAGUACAUUUGUGCAGAAUUCUCCUCAUUUCGAUUGGGUAGUUGCUCGCUUAGGUGGUUGUUUUCCGCUGAAAGUUAUCUCAAAAAUUUUGCAAUGUGGUCUCCGAGGCUUUGUCGGCAAUGCUAACAGUACAUUAGACUCUGAAGUCGGGAUAUUGGGCUAUCUUUCUUUUGCUUAUGAAAGUGACCUAAAAUUUGCAUUGAAGGAAAUGUUACAAACUGUUCUAGUUAAAAAUUUCGCAUCAACUCAACCUCAAAUUAGCACCAUACCGUACCUCCUGCAUUUGUGUGGAAUGUCCGAAAUCUUACUGCAGCCGAUCAUUAACGUAUUUCUGGACAUAUUUAACGACGCACUCAUUCCAUCCCUAAUCGAUCAGGCCCAACUGUGGCCGCAGAACUUUAAACCGCAAAACAUAGUACCAUCGCUAACCAGUUUAGCGUUAAAAUUGAAAAGCGAUGCAACCAAGACGAUUAUUACACUUGCUAAAAUAGCCGACGAUCAUGCAUGGUGUCAGGAUUUGCUGGAAAGCAUUUUACAAGAACUAGAGUUAAUGGUGUGGGAAGUGCGAAGCUGUCAAUUGCUGAAUGAUCUUAUAAGGGACAAUUCCACGGAAUUAUUAUGGCAAUCGUGUAUUAGCUCCAAUCUUAUGGAACAGCAAACGGCAAUACGACUGUUGUUAUUGGCUUCUCCACAAUCACCAUUCAUAUUCCAUCAGACAGUGGCAAAACUGUUGGAAAAUUCCUAUGUCGUCAAUAAUAACGGUUUCGGUGCGUUAGUUCGACUGCUUCCGUCAUAUCACGGCACUCCAGAACCAUUACAGAUUAAGCCCGGUAUCGAAAUGGCAUUGGAACGACUAAUUUUGGGAAGUACUCGGAAGCGGUAUGAAUAUGUUGCAACCGGCUUGAAUGUUUUGAAAAAUUUAGUUUCGCUGAUCAAACUGGAAAAACUGAACACGUCAACGCAUUUGAACCAGUCACUGGUGACAACAACCACAAACGAGUGCAUAUCAAAGAUUUUAAUCAUCCAGUCCAUGCUACUGAAACGAAAUUUUCGAACUAUCAGAGAACCGAUUGACGACGACACUCAAUGCGUAGAUGUGGAUACCAUUCAGUACAAGAAACUGAAAAGCAAAACCGGUAAUCACGGAAUUGACGACGUAAAUCAAACACAAACGGAAAAGGAACAAAUCCAUUUGAUUGCAAAUUUGUUGGAUUUACUGGAAGUGGGUGGAAGCGAAAUAGUGCUCGGGAUGGUUGAUGUCAUCAAACUGGCUCAGCUGACCGUGUCCUAUUUCUUCUGGUCUUUGUAUGAGAAAAAUCCCGUCGAACGGAGCACGGCUGUAAAUCGAGCCUACUCAAUGUUAACCCGGCAAUGUACAAUUCGCAAAUCAUCACGCACACUGGCAUUGCGUGAACUAUUGGAGGGAGCGUUUUUCUCUUACAGUGAUCGGUUUGGUGCCCAUUCCGAAACGAACUAUGAAUCGAAAAAGGACACAGUCUCGCUUAUGAAAUUGAACCAAAAUCAUUGCAGUAUUCGGUCGAUCCUGCAUGCCGGUAUUAUUGGUUCUGGUUUACAAGCACCGAUGCAUGUACCUGACAACUUAGAUCCGGAAAUGCAACAAAUGUAUCUCGGUGCGAUUGCAGCAUGCUGCAAGAGUGAAGAUAUUCCGACAACGAUCGAUGGUUUCUCAACAGUAUCUCUACUGUUGGUGGAGAUGGUAUCCACCGACGUAAUGUACAACGGACUACCAUGGCCGGACGAAGAUUUCACGAAAGUAACAAUGGAACGGGAUUUGCAGAUCCGGCGAACAUUCACAAAUGCACCAAUAUUGUGGGGCAUACUGGGUUUAGUCGCUACAUAUCGACCAGCUAUUUGUUUCACUUCGGUGCUGCUGCGUGCACUAUGCGCAUCCGUAUUGAAUCAAUGGCGAGCGAAAACAGUGGACAAGUAUCAGGCCAUAGCCAAUAACGUUGAACUGUACGACACGACGAAAAAGUUGCUUGAAGUUAUGUCAAUGGGCCAGUUGUUGCCGCCACCAUUGAGCUAUUUGCAUACGGUUAUUGAUUAUUUGGAUGCACCGGAAAUUUCUGUGGUGCUGAAGGAGUGCAUUUGGAAUUAUAUGAAGGAAAAUGUACCAUCGCCAGUACUGUAUGGCGUCGAUAGUACAGGACUUCAUUGGCGAGACUCUGUCGCUGCAAAACCGUAUCCCAUUUUCGUCGAUCCACUGAGAAACAUCAUGCAGAGAAAAUUGCCACAACUCGGUACCUUCUACCAUCAAAUGUUUGUAAUAUCUGAGCUGAGCGAAAAUGUGCCGAAGAAGAACUGAAUUUGUGAAAAAUAAUGUAAAAGAAUAUUGAAAGAAGAAUGCAGAGUUUUUUUUAUUGCUUUUAGGCAUUGUCUAACGUUUUUGUGUUUCAUUCUCUUCUUUUUUUCUUUUUAAUUUUUUUUAUUGAUUCUCUUGAAUAUCAGCUCAAUUUUGUAUAAUUCGCAAAAGGAAAUUAGGAAAUAAAAACCAACUCUUUUUACUA